CACAAAGUUCUGGAGUAACUCAGUGGCUCCGGCAGGAUUUCUGUAGAAAAGGGAUGGGUGAAGUUUCGGUUCUGAAGCCUUGCUCAGACUCGAAGGGUCUUAGGUCCCAACCCGAAACAUCGCCUACCCACGUUCUCCACAGAAGCCGCCUGAUUCAUUGAGUUACUCCAGUGCUUUGCGUCUAUCUAUCGAACUGCAGAUGGUUGUUUAUUUUUAAAAAAGACACCAAGUGCUGGAGUAACUCAGUGAUUCAGGCAGCAUCUGUGGAGAACGCGGGUAAGUGACGUUUCGGGUCGGGACCCUUUCAGACUGAUUGUAACCGCUGAACCGUCUCCCCCCGCAGCUUGUGUUCGUGCUCUUGUGUCUGCGCGGCGGGGCGGCGCGCCGGCGGAGGCGGACGGUCACCGAGCAGUGCUUCGACCCGGAGGAGCUGCAGGAUCCGCGCGAAGGGAUGCGGAAGCUCCUGGGUAGGGCCAGCACGGGUCGCUUCCCCGCCCUCGACCUCGUCAAACAGCUGGAGCUGCGGCAGAAGGAGCAGCGGCAGAAGGAGCCGGAACCCUGCCCCAAGCUCGGUUUCCGGCCCCCGGGCAACGCCGACCUCGGGCACCGCUCCAUCUCACCCUGGGAGUACUGGAUCCACUACGACGCGGACCGCUACCCCACGAAGCUGGCCUUCGCUCGCUGCCUGUGCCACGGCUGUAUCGACGUGGAGACGGGCGAGGAGACGCGGGCGCUGAACUCGAUGCUCCUGGAGCAGAGCCAGCUGGUGCUGCGGCGGAAACCUUGCCCGGGACAGGAGGGACUCUACAACUUCAAGCUGGAGUACAUCAUGGUGCCGGUGGGCUGCACAUGUGUAUUGCCCCGGGGUAACUUAUAGUCCCGGGCGGAGCGAGACCUUCUCCUCCCUCCCCCCCCAUCCCCUCCCCCGACACUUCCAGGACCUUCCGCCUGGAGUUUACAGCGUCGCGGGUCCGGACAUACAGAAACGUCCUGGCCAGCCCGUCGUCGGCGCUGUUGCCCCGGACCUCCCGGGGACAUGGCCGGUGGGGCUAUUGCCUCCUGGUGGGGACCACAGGGACAGUGGCCGCUCUGUGUGGAGGGACCGACUCUUAUGAUGAAUACCUGUGUAUUUGCAGGUAUUCAUGUGACUGCGCUCUUCGAUCUAUUUAAUGUAUUUAAUGUAUUUAUUACAGACCCGCGCUCCCCUUCAUAUCUCUACCGUCACUGAGCAAGGAGAUUGUAUCGGAGAUCUGGUCUGUGAAAGAAUAAGUUGUAUUUAUAAUAAUAAUAAUUUAAAGGCAGCAAAGGGGCGCUUCGGCCCAUCGAGUCUGUGCAGGUCCUCAUUGACUCUAAUCUCACGUUAUUUAUGCCGUAUUUACACAAGGUGUGGUCACGGCCCGAUUUUACUGUAAUAAUCUGUGAUUUUAUCCUGGAUGUGUACUUUAUAUUAAAGUGUUGAG